CAUCAGUCAAGUCAUCCAACGAGAGCGACGACACCACAUUUGUUAAAUAAAUAUAAAGAAAUGAAGGUUCAUGAGUUUUCCAAUGGGUUUUCGUCUUGGGAGCAGCAACAAGAGUCGCCAUCAUCCCUUAGCUGCAAACGCUUCCGUCCUCUGGCCCCUAGGCUCUCAGGCAGCCCUUCCUCCCCUCCUUCUUCUUCCUCGGGUGUUACUUCCGCUACUUUCGAUCUCAAGAGCUUCAUUAAACCCUAUCAAGCCGCUCCAACAAAAUCUCACUACUCUCUUGAACACAAACGAGACUUUUCUCAAGUGGAGAUGCACCCGGGAGGGACAAGGUGGAACCCAACUCAAGAACAGAUAAGAAUACUUGAGGUCUUGUACAAAGGUGGAAUGCGGACUCCUAACGCGGAACAGAUCGAGCACGUAACUUCUCAACUCGGUGAAUACGGAAAAAUCGAAGGGAAGAAUGUGUUCUACUGGUUUCAGAACCACAAAGCGCGGGAGAGACAGAAGCAGAAGAGGAACAACCUUAGCUUAAGUUGCCAAGGCAGCCUCAGUACUACUAGUGUCUCUAAUGCAAGUGUAACAAUGACGACAAGAACAUCGUCUUCACCUGACUUCAAGAGAGAACCAAUGGUGAUGAAGGAGUUACUUGAAGAGAAUGAGUACAAGAGGACAUGUAGGAGCUGGGGAUUUGAGAACUUGAAGAUAGAGAGCAGAAGAAACAUAAAUAGUAGUAUAAAUGCAACAAUAGCAACUACUUUUAAUAUUGACAAUGUAACUCUUGAGCUUUUUCCUUUGCACCCUGAAGGAAGGUGAAGAAGAUGAGGCAGAAAAUGUGGAAUUCUUAUGUAGAUCUGGUAUGGGUUCAGUAGAAGUAGUUGGUAUCUAGAUAUUCAAAAUAAUAAUUCUGGGGAUGAUAAAUAAGUUUCUAAGAUUAUAGAAUCUAAUUAAGAGUUCCCUUAUAAGUUACGAGCCUGAUGUAUCCUGUGUAGUUUCUUUUGCAAUGUCUUCUUAAUUAUGAAUUCUUAGUUUAGCUCAUCUCUUUAGUUUCGUCUUUGUUCUCAGUAAGUUGCGAAGAAUUUUUUUUCUCUCUAAAUCUUUCUUUCUCUAAAUCCUCUCAAAACAAAAA